UUUCCCCCUCCCCCGGCCGAGGGCGCGGCGGGUGGGCGGGGCCUGGCUGUGGCGGGAAAGGAGGCGGGCGCGACGCGGGAGUGGCCGGCAGCUGCUCGCGGGGCUCCGGCGCCCCUUCCAGGUGGCAGGAUGAAUCUGCCAGGCCGUAGCUGGAGUGGGAGGGAGGGGGAAUCUCCUGAGACGGCACUCCCCUGUCGGCCAGAUGGCGAGGGCCAGCGGCUGAGUCAUCUGCGCAGCAUAGGCUCCUGGGCUCCGGUCCCUGGCGUCAGUCAGAUUAUCCACUUUUCCAAGACUGUCACCCUCUUCGGCCGAAACAUCCGGGUAGUGGACUACUGUCUCAACUCUCCUGCUGCCGCCACCACCACGGACCUCAAUUACAUCUCCCGUAUCCACGCACGGAUAAUCCGGACGGACAGUGACUAUGUCCUGGUGGAUUCCAGCUUGACGGGCGUGUAUGUCAACGACAUCCGCAUCAAAGGUAGAGUAAAUUUGCGAGAAGGAGAUACGGUCACUUUUGGCCAUCCUGCUGGGAAGAACCUGCUCCUGGGAAGCCACACACGGCAGCCAAAUUCGCCCUUUUAUUUUCUGUUUGAGCAUUGCGACUGCGGUCCUGAUCAGAUGCAGAGUGUUUAUGGAGACAGAAGAAAUUUCCCCCAACUGUUAAAAUGUCCUGACAUGGUUUCUGCAGAAGUUUCACAUCCGGGCAACCCGAACUUGGCAUUUGCACACAACGUUUCUCGUCCUCAGAUGACUCUACCAGGGGUACUGCCAGGCCCUGCUCCUCUGGCAAGCUCUAUCACACAGUGUGACCACCAGUCUGCUCUGGCCCCAUCGCUACACCCAGCGCUUCCUGCACCUUCCCCAGUUACAGCUCCACUCCCCACACCUUCUCAGAACAUAUCAGAGCAAAGUAGGUUUUCUUCCUCAUCUUGUCCUCCAUUAAGGGUUCCCUGUAGACAGGCCUCCCAAGUUCUCCGCUCUGCUUCACCAGAUUACACACUUCUCGAAGAGAACUCAUUUGCGGCCACCGAGGCUUCUUCUCUUCAGGAAAAUUCAGAAUCCGGCGAUUCCGCUUCUCUCAGCAGUGAGAGUGCCUUGGAGUGUGACAGGCCUCAUCCACAGUGGUUGUCUCAACACGAGGAUGCCGGAAGUGAUCCUGAGAGAGGCCGCAAGCAUCCGCUCCGUCCCAGCUCCACCUAUCCAGAGGUUUCUGAAGCGGCUGAUCAGGGUGGCUCCCCAAAAACAAUCAGGGCCUCUGGAUCCUGGGAGGAAACGCUGCAGCUCACACCCGUCUUUACGACGGAGACGGGAGGCAUUUCUGGUUGUGCACCGUCUGUUUUCGGCCCAGAGACUCCAGCUCUUAGUGGAACAGACCAAGGUGAGGAACAGGCCAAGAUUAAUCUGUGCCCAAGCAUGGAAGAAGUGGCUUGUGCGGGAGAAUCUUUUGCUUCAGAGCCAGACAGCCCAGCGGAAGAAAUGGAAGGGGUUGAAUUCACUGGGAGCUGUGCUCAGGCGGUGAGGGGCUCCAUGGAUGAGUGCAAAGAGCACCUCGUGGAGAAACACUCACUAAAGACCUCAGAAGAAGAAGAAGAAGAAGAAGAAAAAGAAGCAGAGGGAGGGGAAAGCAGAGCAGUCGCUCUCUCUUCAGAAAUUCAGCGUUCUGAAUUGGGGCACAUUCAGCGACAUGACUCAGCCAAGGGAACGGCUGAGAUCUGCUUUUCUUCUGGGGAAGAACCAAUGAGUGAUUCUUCCACCAAAAUCUUGAGUCAAGAGAAAUUGGAUUCUGAGAGGAGAAAUGUACUUUUACCUUCAAGAAAUUCAUCACGUGGGACCCAGAAUGGUGGUGUGGACUACACAGUAGAUUCUCCAGAAAAUGUUGCAGCCAGUGAAGAAGUGGAAAUGGAACCACCAACAGAUGCUGGCUUAGAAGGUGUAGAUGGCCACCUUCGUCAUAGAGAAUUUGAGCCAGAGAUAAGUUCUGUGAUUCCAGCAGAUGCUGAAGGUGUUUGCAAUAAGGCCAGCAUGGUAGACGUGUGUGCAGAAAUGGGGAUAUGGACUGAUGGAGUGAAGCCUGGUGAGAUGGAAGUAACCACAACAGAGUCUUCCAAGGAUGUGGACCCAAACCAGAGGCUAGGCACUGAUGGCGCUGACUCAAAGGCAGAUGUGGCCAAGGAGAUGCUUCUUCAGAAAUUGUCUCAGACCCUGAUCCUUGACAAGCAAUUCAAGGGCGGAUUCUUCCAAGGAGAAAAGAAGGAUUGGAGUGAAGCUUCUGACACAACAGACGAAAACCUCCAUUCCAAAGACCUACCGGAGACACGUGAAGGAGGAGGAAGGGCCCUUGGAACAGAUCGGCUGCAAGCAAGACCUGUUUUGAGGGAAAACAUAGACCUCGCAGGGGCCAUAGAAACUUCCAUCCCUGGACCUCCUGAGAAUUUGGGUGAACUAAUUUCUGAGCAAUGCCUCUUCCAGAGCAGCAAAAAUCUCUUUGGAAAUCAAGUGGGGGAAGUGUCUGAGAUGGAGGAAAAGGAUACCAGAAGUGCUGAAUCCAGCAACAACUCGAAUGAGGUGACUGCUGAUUGCAGGCUACAGGAUGCAGACAAGAUGAGUAAAAGCGAUGGUUCUUUCCUGGGAAUUGUCGAGGUUCCAGUGGUUGGGUUGUCAGGAGGAGAAACGCCCAGUUACAGAAGUGGAAGGGAGAGACAACACCAGGGUGAUUCUAAGGAUCCAUCAAGUCAGGUGAAGAGAAGCAAAAUCGACACCUCGGCGGCAGCCGCCGCCAACGAAGAGGCAGCCAACCAGCACCGAGAGGCUGAAGGCAGCUUAGAGAAAGAACCAACAGGCCUUGUAGAGCAGGAGGAAGCGGACUGCGCGGCUGCUGAGGAUGCUGCUGCGGAUGCCUCCCUCACGAGAAGCCCUACUCCAAAGCCUCCUGAGUGGUCCUCUUUGGGCUCGGCAGGUAGAAAAGGUGAUUCCUCUAGAGAGGGCCUUGAAGAGGGGAGGAUUCCCCACUUAGGUGACUGUUCACUUGUGGACACACAGCUACCUUCCCCGAAAAGCCAGCGUGAAGCAGGAGAGAGAUCGGUGUCGGAUAGUAACCACCUUUUGGGUUGUCAGUAUGUCACAGAAGAUGAACGGUUUACAAGCCUGAAUGAGGAAGGCCCAGUGAAGACCACCAUGGGGGAAGAGGAGGAGGAGGAGGAAGAGGCAAGUCCCGUGGCUGCCACACAGAGAGAUUUUGAUCCAAGCCCUCUGCAGGUGGGGUCCUUGAAUGGGCCUUGUAGUUCAUUCUCCAGCAGUUCUUCCUAUGUGAGAAACCAGCUACAGUGUCCUACAGAGGUUGAUCCCCAAGAGCUGAAAUCUGAUAUUGUUGAGCUUGAGAAUCUGGAAAAUGGUUUAGAAGUGAAAUCCCAAGGAGCUGAUGUUGGAGGAAAGUUGCUUUGUCUUGAAGACCCUCUUAUACAAGACGGAGCUUCUGAGGAACCAGAAGCUCCUCUUGAACAGAUCAGCCUGCCUGGUCCAGGAGAACCUGGGCAAGAUGUCUUCGUUCCUGAGGAGAGCAGCUGGUCUAAUCAAAUUGCUAAGAAUCUCCACUGCAUGAAGGCAAGAGGCAGCACUAUGCUACCCCUCCCAAGCGUUGGCCUUCUACAACCUGGGGCUGUUGCUGUCAACCUCUCAGUGGAGCCAACGGACAAUUCUGCUGAGGCCCUGCAGUUGCUUGAUGGGAAUGAUGGGCUCCAUUGGCAGAUUCCUGCUUCUGAAGCUGAAAAAGAAGAGACGGGCCAAUUCGGUCCCUCCAAGAGGGAUGGUCUUCACAGAAGAAGGGACACCUUCGAUCCAGCUGAACAGAGAUCUAAUGCGACCAAGAGCUGGGAAGCGUUUAGGGAACCAACUGAGGAAUCAGCCAACCGAGGACCACAUGAUCUGGCCAUUCAAGAGGCCAGUGCUGGGCUACUGAAGGGCAGGGAGAUGCAGGAGAUGAGUCUGGAUGGACAAACUUCCUCCCGUCGUGACCAAGGCAGUCCUGUAAGGGCUGCGUCUUCCACAGCAGGGACAAAGGCCGGAGGGCCCUCCCUUUCAAGAAGGAGCCGGAAAAGAGCAUCAGAAACACCGGAGGAACCAGGUGGGGAGGAAAUGGAGCUUGAUCCUGUCAACUUGGCCGGUUGGCCUGAAAAGUCCCCUUCGGAAUCAGCUUCAGAAUCAGCAGUUGAUGGCAGGGUUGCCUGUAAGGAUCAGGGCUUCAUAGAAAACACCCACCAGGGCUUGGUCCAAGAGAGUUGGCCCAUGGCUGGCAGACUUCCUGGGCAGCCAGACAGGGCAACGAUGGCUUCCCCCCUUGGGGAAGCAGUUAAAGAGCUUCCGGCAAGUGAGAUGUCCAGCAGUCCCCGUUCAGGAAAAGGUGAAUAUGCUCAGAAGGCUGGGAUGAUGCAUCAAGACAACAGACUGACGGGCCAAGAGAGCGCAUGCCAGCUGGGCAAUGGCCCGGAGGCCUCUGCAGGGUACAGGGGAGACUUAGGGUGCUCGGAGCCCUGCGAGACCCUUUUGCAGGAAGAAGAGAAACUGAACAGCUCUUCUCCUAGAAAAAGACUUCAAAACGAGGAGUUAGAUUUGGAAGGCGCUGCCUGUCAUCCAAAGAAGCUCUGCAGGGAGAAUUUUGCUUUAGUUUGGUGCUCUGCGAGUGAUCCAGCGGCAUCUCCUGUGGUGCCACCUCCUUCUCCUCUGGAGGAGAGCAUUCAGCAAUUCGGCAAAACGAUCGAGAAGUUCCUUGAUCAGUGUAGAAACCAAAUCCCUCUGUGCUCUGACCCCAUGGAAAGAAAUGAAGAUGUUCUUGCUCAGAUGGUGAGAAAUUACUUUAAAAGCAACAUUUACUCCAAUGAACCGGCAACUGAAAAUGGGAAAACAGAAGAGUUUGAAGCUCUGUCUUCAGAAACUAUAGCUGCCAAGGGCAUCGACUGCCGGUCAGAAGGGGGUGCAGGAGACCCCAGGGAAAGUCCUGGCUGUGAUGGGCCCGGCUCGCCUGAAGGUGCAGAAGAGGGUGCCCAAAUCCCCGAAGAUGCGCCGGUGUCCCCUGGAGGCUGGUCAGCCGGGUCCAGCUCUUCCGCCAAAGAAGGCAAAGGCUUAGGGAGCCCCGGGCAGGAGGACAUCUACUACUUUGAGCCCUUGGGAGAUUCGGGCUGCAGCUUUCCUGCUGAGUCGCCAAAAGCAGAACCCCUAGAGGGGCCUUUGGAAGAGGACCCGGACACCUCUUCGCCUUUGGACAUCACUGCUAGUUGUCAAAGCUAUGAACUUUCUCCCAGUCCACGCUGGAGCAAUUCAGACGACAUGCUGGACGGCGCCUCUGAAGGCUCUGGCACCCUCUCGGAAGCGGAGUGGUACUCUCCCUCCGAGGCCGACUGUUACGAGGAAGACUCGGGAACAUCUCCAGAUGCGGCCAUGCUGUGGCAGGAAGACAGCCAGGCUGCCCCAUGGGACACCCAGCCAGAGCCUGCCCAUCCCCUCAGUCCCUCUGAGCAGGAGGCUCCUGGCCGUUGGCUGCAGCGUGGAGAACUGGACGGAGGAGACAGACCUGAUAGCUCUGCCUGCCGAGAGGAUUCUGGGAAGACCAGGGAGGAGAAGGCAGCUGAGGGCGAUCGGAUGGGGAUGCCGGCCGAAGGAAGCCUUUUCCCGCAAGGCGGCCCCGGUGGCUCUCCUGACCAAGAUAAUACGGAACGUACUCCGAGCGAACCAUUCCCCCAGUCUCCGUGGGAAUCCAACAGCCAAACAUUUCUGCAGUCAAGUGUGGGUCGUUGUGAUCCCCCACUGAAAACAGAGCUGACUGAUGAAGAAUCUGAUGGCCAAGAUUGCAGGAGAAACGCGUCUCCUCCUCCGUCAGGAAGAAACCCUGUGGCCUCUGCGCAGGCAGCUGACAAUCCUGAGGAGGGUCCUUCCACCCCUCACCCCAAUCCGACUCCUGCCGAGGGGUUCACUUUGCUCCUAGUGAAGGAAGAACCUGUGCAGGAAGAUGAGCCGCUGCCGUCCGUGGGGGCCGAGUCCUCCCUCUCCGCGCUCUGCCCCUCCCAGGAUGGCGAGAGGGCCUCUCCUCUUGGGAAGGGCUUUGGCAGGCCUGAGUGUGGGGCAGGAAAGGCUGUCUCUCGGGAAGCACCGUGGAUCCCAGGCGCAUCUGGUUGUUUCCCAGUCACCGACGCCUGCAGUGAUCGAGGACCUCGCAGUGCCUUGCCGUUGCAGGGUGAUGGGUCCCCCCUGGCAGGGAGUCCAUUGGCAGACACAGGGCUCCACUCUCAGGUGGUUCGGGAAGAAAAGAAACAGCUUUGGCCUCUCUCGUAUCCCACGUCUUCUCCACCAUCUCUCUCGGUUUGCCAGCAUUCACACGUCCCCAAAACCUCAGCAGAGGAGCAGCGCGAAGGACCUUGGCAUCCGGCAGACUUUGGAAGCAGAGAGCCUGGCAUUCCUUGUCAGUCAGAGGAGGCAGGGCUGGCUGAGCCUUCGGAUGCCGAGUGCCUACAUGUGGCAGCCGCCGUGUCGUCUCCUGCACUGCCUGAGUUCAAGGAAAGGGUCUCCCUCUUCAGAGACCCUCCUGCUCGGACAGAGUCCUACAGCAGCUGCCUCCGUGAAAGAACAGAGAGCCACAGCCCGACCAAGUGGGCAUCCUCCGAGCAAGAUGUUGCCUUCCAGCUGCAGGAGUGCCAGUCGGUGCUGGCAGAAAUCCUCCAGGCCUUGAGUUCAGUAGAAGGCGUUGACAACGCCCAUGUGGAGAAAUGGAGGGACCAGAUUGCUGUCCUCCAGAAGGCGACCAAGAUGCCCCAGACCCACAUAGCCGUGGUAGGGAACACUGGGGCCGGUAAGAGCUGCUUGCUCAACGCCCUGUUGGACGAGGAGGCCAUGCUGCCCACCUCGGCCAUGAGAGCCUGCACCGCGGUGGUCGUGGAGAUCUCCAGCGCCGCAGAGGGCAGCCCGUAUGAAGCUGAAGUGGAGUUCCUCUCCCGGGAGGAGAAACGCGUCUCCUCCUCCGUCAGGAAGAAACCCUGUGGCCUCUCGCAGGCAGCUGACAAUCCUGAGGAGGGUCCUUCCACCCCUCACCCCAAUCCGACUCCUGCCGAGGGGUUCACUUUGCUCCUAGUGAAGGAAGAACCUGUGCAGGAAGAUGAGCCGCUGCCGUCCGUGGGGGCCGAGUCCUCCCUCUCCGCGCUCUGCCCCUCCCAGGAUGGCGAGAGGGCCUCUCCUCUUGGGAAGGGCUUUGGCAGGCCUGAGUGUGGGGCAGGAAAGGCUGUCUCUCGGGAAGCACCGUGGAUCCCAGGCGCAUCUGGUUGUUUCCCAGUCACCGACGCCUGCAGUGAUCGAGGACCUCGCAGUGCCUUGCCGUUGCAGGGUGAUGGGUCCCCCCUGGCAGGGAGUCCAUUGGCAGACACAGGGCUCCACUCUCAGAGGAGCAGCGCGAAGGACCUUGGCAUCCGGCAGACUUUGGAAGCAGAGAGCCUGGCAUUCCUUGUCAGUCAGAGGAGGCAGGGCUGGCUGAGCCUUCGGAUGCCGAGUGCCUACAUGUGGCAGCCGCCGUGUCGUCUCCUGCACCGCCUGGGUUCAAGGAAAGGUCUCCUCUCCAGAGACCCUCCUGCUCGGACAGAGUCCUACAGCAGCUGCCUCCGUGAAAGAACAGGGAGCCACAGCCCGACCAAGUGGGCAUCCUCCGAGCAAGAUGUUGCCUUCCAGCUGCAGGAGUGCCAGUCGGUGCUGGCAGAAAUCCUCCAGGCCUUGAGUUCAGUAGAAGGCGUUGACAACGCCCAUGUGGAGAAAUGGAGGGACCAGAUUGCUGUCCUCCAGAAGGCGACCAAGAUGCCCCAGACCCACAUAGCCGUGGUAGGGAACACUGGGGCCGGUAAGAGCUGCUUGCUCAACGCCCUGUUGGACGAGGAGGCCAUGCUGCCCACCUCGGCCAUGAGAGCCUGCACCGCGGUGGUCGUGGAGAUCUCCAGCGCCGCAGAGGGCAGCCCGUAUGAAGCUGAAGUGGAGUUCCUCUCCCGGGAGGAGUGGAAUAUGGAGCUGGAGGCCCUCCUGGAGGACAUGAAGGACAAAGCUGGCAUUCUGAAGAAACGCUGCCCGGAUCGCAAGACGGAAGCCGGGGCUGCCUACAGCCGAGUGAAGGCCGUCUACGGGAGAGUGGAUGAGCUGGAGAAGCUGGAGGACAAGCAGGGGGUGACCCAACACCUCGGAACGGUCAAACACAUUUGUGCCGAUACGGCUGCAGACUUCCGUAUGAAAAUUGAGAAAUUCAUCGAUUCUCGCACCGACAAUUUGCGUGAGAUGAAAGGUGGGGAGUUUUGGCCCAUCGUGAAGUGCGUGAGGAUCCGUGUGGCCAAGGCUGAGGUUCUGAGGACAGGAGCUGUGCUGGUGGACCUGCCUGGGACCCGAGACUCCAACGCGGCCCGGGACACGACAGCCCGAGAGUACCUGAAGGAUUGCAAUGCCGUGUGGGUGACCGCCAGCAUCACACGAGCCGUGGACGACAAGACGGCCAAAGAGCUACUGAGCGCCAACUUCCGCCGGCAGCUGUUUAUGGACGGCCUCUACGGGAGCCUGGCCUUCAUCUGCACCAAGACCGACAGCUUUAGCAUCACAGACAUUGUCAGGGACCUCAACUUACAAGAUAAGAUUCGUCCCCUAGAAGAGGAAUUGCAAGAGCUGGAACAUCAGAGAACUCAAGCGGAAAUAGAGAAGAAGCACCUUUACGCACAACUGCAGCAGCAGCAGCAGCCAGUGAGAAAGGGAAGUGCGGCCGGAGAUUCCGUCUGGCUUCAAAGACAUGACAUCCUGGAAAAGGAGUUCAAAAUCUGUGCCUUGCAGAGGGAGAAGGAUGCCCGGCUCCGUGCCAUCAGCCUGAUCUGCGUUCAGGCCCGGAAUGAAUUUUCCAAGCAGCGGAUUUUGAUGGAUUUCAGCGCUGGUCUGCAGGAAGUGUCCAGGAGAGCUGAGGGCGAAGAAGAUGGUGAAGAAGAGAUGGACGAGGGGGACUCGGCUGGAGAGCAGCCUGUCAGUCUGGAGGUUUUCACGGUCAGCUCUACGGAGUAUCUCAAACUUGGUGGGAAGUUGCUCUGCAACGGUCAACCUCAAGUUUUCCACGACGUGAAAGACACAGAGAUUCCUAGGUUGAAGAAAUUUGCGAUGGACACUGCGCUGAAGCACAGCAUGGUGGCAACAGAGAAGGUCAUCCGGGACGUGGCUCGUGUCCUAAGCCAAAUGGUGAAUUAUCUCAACAGCCAGAGAACAGAGGCCAAUGCCCACCAGGCGCAGGUGCGGGAGAUGCUGCAGCAGGCCUUGCACGGCCUCCCUGGCCUCCUCCAGGGCGUCCUCACUGCCAGUUCUCAGGACCUCCGGCAGGCCUUUGAGGCCCUCAUCCUGGGCAGCCUUCAGAACGGCGCUGAGAAGGCCAAACAGCUCUCCGAGGCCAUUGUCAAAGGCUGGGGCUCACCGAUGUUUGGCUACCCCCACGUGACCUAUCGGGCGAUCUGCAACCACCGUGGCGUUUACACCUCUCCCAGGUACCAGUCUGUGGAUUUCAACAAAGAACUGGCCGUGCCCAUCCUCAAGGUCAUCUCUGUGGCCUGGAACGAGGUCUUUAGCUCCAAGCUGGUCAGCUCCAUCGAGGCCUUCACGGCUGCCCUCCUGGACCAGCUGAGUUCCUUCUUCAGAGGCCUCAAGAAGAAACUGCACCCGCACGGUCCGGUCGCCAAAGCCCUGCGUGCGAUUUACGCUCAGCAGAUGGAAGCCGCUCGAGCACGGUUGCUCAAUUUUACCCUGGAUCAGAUGACUUCCAUUACAAGAAAGCAACGGACAGUCUCCCGGCUCUUGAUACCGACGAUUCAGGCCGGCAUGGAACCAGCAUAUGCAGCCUGCUCCCAACUCUCUGGCCCUGGAUAUUUCCGAAGAAUGAAAGAGGAGAUGGAGAAGUUCAUCCACCAGCAGAAGGACGCCAUCUUCGAUUCAGCUGUGGAGAAGAUGCGGCAGCAACUGGACCUUGUCCAGCUGUCCAUCUGCUGCAGCUUGCAGACUGUGGCCCAGGAGCUAACCACCUCCAUCAGGAUGCAGUUCGAGCCGCUGCUGAGGCCAGUCCAGAAGAACAAGGAGAUCCUUCCAGAACUUCAGCGUCUCUGUGCUAAAGUGGACAAGAUUUGCCAGCGCUCGGGCGUGGAUUAUGUGCUUCCCAUGGCCCCGCAGCCGGAGGAUCAGCCUCCCGGAACAGAGGCCAAACCGCCAGCAAGUGGGGACUGCGUCAGCUUUUCGGCCGCAUCCAUGGAUGUCCGAGUCGGAGCGCUCUCUCUUCCCCGCCUCAUGGCCAUUGAGGUAUCCAAGGAGAACAUCACCUUGACCCUGGCAGGUGACGCCACCAAGGCGGCCCUCCCCCUUGGGAGCGUUUCCCACUGCGAAUCCUGCCUGCCUCUGGGGUGCCUGAUCCUGCACAUCUCUGCAAAGGCUGCCUGUGAAGUUUGCUUCCAGUGCAGAGUCCAUUUGCCCAGCCCAGGGCUGUGCAGCCAGGAGGCUCUGGUCAUCCGGGAAGCGGCCCAGGACGAGAGGCAGCUUCCAAAGCUCAGAGACUGCCUGGCAGUCAGGCUCAGCAUUGCCUCCUGGGUGCAGGAGCUCAGCCCACAACAAGGAAGGGAGAAGCUGGUAUCACUCGGAGUCUCCUGCCCAGGCCAGCAGAUCCCGGAAAGUGCUGAGCCACCUGAAUCCCAAGUGCCUUCUGCUCCUGAGCCCAUCAGAGCCGUUGGCGCUGUUGGGCGGCAGCCGCCACCCCCUCUUCUUCCCUGGAACCCCUAUGGCAGAAAGAGAGCAGGGGAGGCAGUCCUGCCACAGCUGGAGAAGAAGACCAAGCUUGCCAGCGACCCUUGGCUGCCGUGCAGCCAGGGGGCACAAAGGAAGCCCACGUCCUCUUCCGCAGCCCUCGUGGGCAGCUGCAGCCCAGAAGGAGCCUUCCGUCCAGACAGCCCUCCGUGCCUGAUGGCCGAGAACCCUGACGGUGAGCCACCGGCAGUGCCCAGUUCUGCAGGUCUCCUCUGGAUCGGAGCCAGCCAGGGAAUGUGCAGGAAGCCUCCAAGCGUCACCGUGAAGGAAGAAGAGGCGGAUCUCCCAUCCCAGAAGACUCGGGUCCCCCGUUUGCUUUGAGAUGUAGCUCUUCCACCUCUGUACACAUACAGGCACCGCUCAAACCAGACCCCCACCCCCACCCCCACCCCCGGUGGUGUUCUAGCAGAACUGCCUGCGCAGAAACCACGUGGCCUUCAUUCCUCUCCUCCUCAUUUCUCUUUGGAGCUUUGGCCUUGAAAUGCAGCUCUUAAAGGGCUCCCUGACUUCCUAGGAGCAUCCAGUGCUUCUCCUGGGCAAAAGUAGGGGGACGAUCCCCAUCACUGGGAGCUUAACAGGGGAGAGCAUUGGGGGUGGGGUGUCGCCUGCUGAUGGUUACAAGCAAGGGAAGAGGGCUUUGAAGCCCACAGCCCUGUCUCCUGUUCACAGCUGCUGAAGGAGGAGGGGAAAGUCUUAACAAUGCCAGGCAACAUUCUGCGAAUUGUCCAUUCCAUUGAAUGCUCUACAGUUCUGUGCAUUCUCUAGACCAGCAUAUUGAAGAUAAGUUAAAUAUAAGUGGACUUCCAAUUCCCAGAAUUCCUCAGCCAGCAUGCAUUGAAGUCUACACCUCUUCAAGUUGACCACAUAUUUUAAUGUGCCGUGGUUGAGAAACAUUAAUCCAGAUUAUGGUGAUGGUACUUACUGUUGAAAGAGGGAAAAGUUCUUCUGAGCUCAACAAUACAAAUAGAAAUCAUUUUUUCCCUGUAAGCAAUUAGGGAAGUUUUUUUUCUCUGCUUGUGGGCCUACAGUGAAUUUCUUCAAUAGCUCUUGCUAUUUUGUUCUGAUAUCUCUGGCAGUUGUUUCAGUGUUCAUCUUUAUUAAGGCAACUUUGUACAAUUACUAUUAAAAAAAACUACAACGUU